UCAUUUGCAAACAUCAAUCACAAACAUCUUAAGCUAACUCAAUCCCUCGUUUAAAUUAAGAGGGAAUUCCCUAUAAAAAAAACAGAGCAAAUAUGCAAGCUUAUCGUCAGAGCAGCAGCUACUGUGAUGAUGGAUCACAGCAACAAAUGCAUCGCCCAUCGUCGAUGUUAUCAUCUCAGGCUCAUCAUUCUUCAUCACACGGCGGGAUGCAGCACCAGCAGUACAGCAUGCGCCAGGGCAUGAUGCAUCAGUCGCAGCAUGGCGGCCUGGUGCAGCAGUCGCAGCACGGAGGCCUGGUGCAGCAGUCGCAGCAUGCAGGUGGCAUGAUACACAGCAGUUCCUCCAUGAAGUCUCAGUAUUCUUCCUCCCAAGCAAUGACUGUGUUUGGGCAGGACGCGUUCUGUGAGAUCAUGCCAUCGGCCUUCCCACCGGGUACUGACCCUAAGGUCAUUGAGUGCUUCAACAGGAUCGAUAGGGAUGGCAAUGGAAUCAUCGACGACAGGGAGCUCCAGUCUGUACUCACCAACUGUAACCACAACUUUAACCUUAGGACUGUCCACCUUCUCAUGUAUGAGUUCACCCACUCUAACAGGAGGAUGAUUGGUCCUAAGGAAUUCGUCCCAUUGCUCAAGUGCCUCCAAACCUGGAGGGCAAUGUUCCAAAGGUUUGACAGGGACAGGAAUGGAAGCAUUGAUUCUUCUGAGAUGAACCAAGCAAUGAGCAGCUUGGGGUAUUGUGUUUCUCCUAUUAUUGUGAAUCUGCUUGUUGCUAAAUUUAGCAAAUCUGGAAGGUGCUCUCUUCAAUAUGACGCCUUCAUUGAGUGCUGCCUCACUAUUAAGGGUUUGACUGAGACAUUUAACGCUAAAGCUGUGUGUGGCAAAGCAACUUUCUGCUACGAGGAGUUCCUGUUGAACGUUCUUCCCUUCAUCAUUGCUUAAUUACAUCAAAAUUACGUACUAAUUAAUUAAUAUGCGAGCGGUUAAUUAAUUGAUUCAAGCUGACAAUGCUUGUAAUAAAUAACGCAACGCUUUUUAUUUACUCUGUAUUUCAAUACUCCAUAUGUUAUUCCAAGUUAUGUUAUGCGUGAAUGUGUGAUGCUUUUGUUCAUCAUGGAUGAUAGUAUAUUGUUAUGUAUCUUUGUGGAUUUUAUAAAUACGAGCUACAAGCUACUUCCUCCGUUUAA